CUAAGCCGGCGCGGUGUCGGUCAAACGGAACCAGACCAGACCAUACCACGCGCGUCCGGACGAAAGCGGGCGGACACGCACCGGGCACCGGCGCGCCACGCUAUCCGCUCCAGCCCCGCUCUCGGCGCGACCGGACCGGCACGAACCGGCCGCGCGUGCUGUGCUUCCCUGCCCUAUAUAUGCGCGCGCCACCCCGCCGGGGCUCCAAAGGCCAACGACCAGAGCCGCACUCGCAGGGGCCAACCACUGCCAGAGCAGAGCGUCUUCGUGCCGUUUGAGCAACGGCACAGCUCGGGAGAUCGGGCGGCGGAAGAGGGAAGCACCCCCGGGGUUGAGCUGGUUGCCGAGAUGAGCUACAGGAUGAUGGGCGAGGAGGAGGAGGACGCCUUCGAGGCGUCGUCGUGCGCGUCCUCCGGCGGCGAGUCGGGCGACGAGGGGGACAGGUUCCCGGCCAGCGGGGGCGCCCGCCGCCAGUCCGCGCCGCCGCAGGCGCCGCUGAGGAGGAUGAACUCGGACAGCAUCUACGACAUGUCCGGCAUGACGGCGCACCUCCCCGCCAAGAAGGGGCUGUCGGCGUACUACCAGGGCAAGUCGCAGUCGUUCGCGUGCAUGGCGGAGGUGCGGUGCCUGGAGGACCUGCAGAAGAAGGAGAAGCCGCGCGGGCACAAGAUGAAGCCCUGCAAGAGCUACGCCGCGCUGGGGGGCGUGGCCAUGGCCAGGAAGCCGCCGGGCUCCUCCUGCGCCAACCUCGGCCUCAUGGACGCCGGCAACGGCUUCAUGGCGCCCCGGAACAUCCCCGUCAACGACGACUGCUACCAUCAGUAGGUUCAGGGUCUAUUUCUCGGGUCAUCAGGCCUCUUAAAAUGUUCAUCUUCUUCUUCCCCGUUUCUGCUCUUCUUCUCCUCGUCCUUCCGCGGGAGCUCUGCUUGUUUGCAGGCGCAUUAGCCUGCGAAUGAUUCAUGGGAGGAACUUCUGUGUUCGUGUAAGGGUUGAGAUAGAUGUUGUGAUGUAAAUACGGAGUUUGUUUGUAACUGUACUGCGAAAACGGGGAGGAGAUACGGGAGGUGCGCCGUAUUUAUCUGCUCCCCGUUUUUAUCCUGGUAAAUACGGAGCUCUCUUUCACU